UUCUCACUCGGACUAAUGCAGGAGGGUUCGACCGUUGUCAAGGAGUCGGAUCAUCCGACAAACUAUGUUUCAGCACCCAUGGAACAUGAUGAAGAGGCUGGGGCACAACGUAAGAGCAAAAGGGCUAAGAUUGCUCCGGUUGGUCUCCAAGACUACAAGUGUGAUCCGAAAGUAACAUCUGUUCAAGCCAUAAUACCUGAUCUCGACCAACGUUUUCAGCUCAUUGAGGAGAAGUUGCAAAAUGAAGCGGAAGUCUUAGUUCUCGGGGGGUAUGCAGUGACUCCAGCUGAGUUUUGUGAUAUUGCUCAUCGCCAGUCCAUAUUACCUUCUGGGAUCGUGGACGCUCUGAUCGGAAUUGUGAAUCGUGGUUCGGCCGCCAAUCCUAAAGUUGCCAUUUACGACACUUCCCUUCCAGUUGCUAUAAUGGAGCACCACAAUCGCUUUGUCAAGACAGCAGUCAAAGACCGUGUGAAGCUCAAAUUCAGCAAUAUCCCCCUGGUAACCCCUAUUCCAAAGGUGCCCGAGAGGAUAUAUUUCCCAUUUAACAUGGACAAGCAACACUGGGUUGGAGUCUGCAUUGAUACAAAAGCAAGCACACUCAAUGUCUUCGAUUGCAAAACCUCCCUUCGAAGUGACAGUUUGCUGAAGAAGGAGUUCACCCCCAUUGCUAACCUGAUCCCGUAUGUUCUCAAGCACGUCGGAUAUACAGAAGCCAAUGCUGUGAUUAAGCCCUUUACAGUCUCCAGAUGCAAGGGAAUCCCGCAAAUCACCGCUCAUACGGAUGCAGCAGUCAUGACAGUGCUGUUUAUUGAAGCUCACGCCUUCGAUGGUCUUGUUGGUUGCAAGGCAGUCAGUACUCGUUUGCUCCCAGUUGCAUCCAAGCAAUUGGCUGUUAAACUCUGGGAUUACAUAUCGGCUUAACUGUUCUGUUAAGUGUGUUGUUUCUUACUUUUCGCUACACUACAAGAUGUUGUCUGUUUUGUUUUAGUCUUGUCUCCCCCCUGGAUUUUAAAACUCUAUGUUUGUGUUUAUUACAUUGUGGCUUUAUCUUA